AUGGCCCAGCAAAUUGAGUACUUCUGUAAAAAUGAGGAUUUUUUAGACAAGUCCCCAGAUGAUGCGUGGGAUUUUCUAGACGAGUUGGCCGAGAAAUACCGAAACUGGGAACCUUCAGACCUCGGUAAUAGGUCCAUGGCCGCUCAAGAACCCAGUGGAUCUGAUGUUCUUCCUUCGAGCGUGCGAGACCAUAAUGAUGUUUACCAUAACAAUCAGGCUGAGGUGAACGUGAUUAACGAGCGUUGGGACCCAUAUUCAAAUACCUACAAUUCAGGGUGGGCCCAAAAUCCACUUUUGGGUUGGAGGGAUCAAAAAGUCCCAAUGCAACCCCAGGCACCACCACAGCAGCAACCUCAGCAGUUCCGGCCUCCUCAAGGCCAAAUGACCCAAUUUCGCUACCCACCUCAGAAUCAGCAGGGGUUCGGUCCUUUAUCUUUUGGACCACCUCUAGGCAUUAACAAUCCCAUGCAGGAUAAGCAGACUGAUGAGAUGAUGAAGGCUCUCACACAAUCUCAGAUAAACUUCACUGAGCAGACCAAACAGGUGAUUGGUGACAUUAGGACCCAAUUGACCCAGUUAACGGCGGUAGUUGGACAAGUCCAGCAAGAGAAGGGAAUCCAAAGUAGUUUGAAUCCCAGUCUAGAAGAGGCUAAGGCGAUCACCACUCUCAGAAGUGGGAAGGUGAUCAACAAGAAUUUACCUCCAAAGCAGAAAUCGGUGCCACUCCCAGUGCCGGUAGCUGCACCAGCAGUCGUUCCAGACUUGGGAAGUGUUCCUGAGGAAAAGAAAGAGUCGGAGUCUCCUAAAGUGGCAGUGUCUGCCCUUGCAACCCCCACGACUCCGUCGCCACCCAUUGCUCCAUAUCCCCAUCGCUUGAUGGCAAAACCUAAGGCUAAUGUGAACUUCCAGAUUCUUAAGUUAUUCAAGAAAAUUCAGUUUCCUAUCUCGUUGAUGGAAGCCAUUGAUGCCAUCCCCCAGUUUGCGAAGGUUUUGAAGGAUCUGUGCACUUCAAAACUGAGGACUAAGAGUCAGGACAAAGUGCUUCUGAUGGAGCAGCUUGGCCUCGGUGAUUUGAGAGCCACACCGGUCACGCUACAGUUGGCUGACCGGAGUGUGAGAGUUCCGAAGGGGUGGUGGAAGAUGUUUUAA